AUGGCUAGUAUAUCUUUCCGUUCGCCUCCCGCUGCAGCGUAUACUCCUCUUAUAAUAUCUAAUAUUUUGCCGGUAAAAGCAAAGGUCCAGCCAGAUGGUAGUCAAGACCAACAUCAAAACAGGAAGGCCAUUACUGUUGUCCUCUCAACGUACAGAAUAUCAAAACUAGUCCUAGCUAGAGAAUCGGCCGGUAUUGUUGCAAUGCGGAGAGGGUUUGGGCAAGGGAGCGAGUUCAAUGUGAUGAUCGAUCCAAGUCAUACUGGAAAUCGCGUCGUUUGGAUGCCUCCAAUUUUUGCCAGGGAAGAUGGAACGAACAAAGUCGCGAAGGGAGCUAGAAGGGCACUGCUAAGACGCGUGGUGGUCGUAGGAAAGAAGCCUCGAGGCUCUUUGAUGGGCAUCCGGAACUUUCCGAUCCCGAGUUUCUCCCCUGCUGCGAAUAUACUCUGCUCUCUCGCAUCUCUUUCGCGCGUGCGCACUCAGCCACUGCCUCGACUAGCAGAGAUGUUGCUAAGCACGCUCUAUUCAGAGCCUGAUAUGCUCGUUGCAGAUUCAGCCACCGCAUUCAUAGGCACUCUGGCGAUGGAAUUUCCAAUGCCUGCACCAGCCGGCAGUGCCCCCAAGACGUCUCCCGUGAUGCGCAUCCCCCAGAUGGGCGGAUCGAGGUAUCGCGGGGAGGGGUAUGAUUGGGAUGAAGGCUUCUCGAACGGCUUGGAGAAGCGACUACCAACCAAAUAUCCUACUCCCAAAGCAAAACCGGUCGUAACAUUCCAGCCCCAAACUCCGAUCCAGCCAUCCUUCAAAACGAAUAUAAAUUUCCCCCUCAACCCCUCAGAUGGACACGAGGAAUCGACCCAUCGUGCUUCGUCGCUGGUGGAGAUGUUUCCUGAUACACCACCCAUGUCCAAGCAGCACGAAGAAAGAACAUCUGUUCCUCACCCCAGCACCCAACGAAACAGUAAAAAACUUACUAGCGUGCGAGAGCUCGUCAGCCUAGACAAGAGCGAUUCUGGUAGCCAUCCAAGAGAACAAGCCGGAACUUGCAUUAAAAUCCAAGGGAAAAGCAUUCAUUUGACUAUGGGGAAUGGAACCCCGACUCAGUACUCAGUACGCACCGACUACCAAGCCAUACCAACGGUGGACAUUGCGGAAUCUGUUCCUUUACCUACCAUUACGCUCAACACUUUAUUGAACAGGAGGAUCAAGAGAAAUUGGUCCUAUCGUCGUGAUGACGUUAAAGCUGGAUGGGCAUCAAGACAGUUUCAACACUUCAUUCGGAUGGUGGUGCAUUCUCGCUGCAGGGAAGAGGAAUUAUAUUUAUACGGUAUCACCUUAUGGUGCUUGUGCAGAUAUUCCCAAGCGUGGUACACGUGGAGGGCCGAGCUCAGGAUUACAGCACAUCCAAUAAAGUAA